AUGUCUGCCUCUGCCACCACCGCUUCUUCCGCCACUCCCAAGACUUGGUUCAUUACGGGGUGCUCUAGCGGUUUCGGCUCCGCCCUUGCUCUCACGGUCCUCGCGUCGGGCGAUAAAGUUAUCUGUACCGCUCGUAACCCCUCAGCCCUCAAACACCUCACCGAGCUCGGGGCGAUCCCCUUAUCCCUCGACUUGACAUCCCCCCCGGCCACCAUCCAGGCCACCAUAACCAGCAGCAUCAGUGACCACGGCCCGAUAGACUAUCUCGUGAACAACGCGGGAGUUUUCACGAUAGGAACCGUGGAAGCCUACACAGCAGCUGAACUCCAGGAACACUUCACGAUAAACGUCUUCAGCCACAUCACCAUCGCUCAGGCCGUCCUCCCGCACAUGCGCUCCCGGCGCAGCGGCGUCAUCGCCAACGUCGGCUCGAUCGCUGGCUGGGGCGGGGGUCCCUGCCUUGGCGCCUACAGCGCCGGAAAGCACGCGCUCGCCGCUUUCAGUCUCAGUCUUCGGCGGGAGGUGGCGAGUUUCGGCAUCACCGUUACCUGCGUCGAGUUGGGCUAUUUUCGCACGGCGAUUUUGGAGGAUGGGAGGGCGUUCGAGGCUAAGAGGGCCAUUCCUGAAUACGAGGAUUUGAUGCACGCUGCUCGCGGGAGAUUGAGAGGGAUUAGCUUGAAGCAGCCUGGCGAUCCGAAGAAAGGGGCUGAGUUGGUGGUUGAGAUGCUUAGCGGGAGGGGGAGGGGUGCUGGGAGGGUUCUACCGGAGAGGUGGGUUGUUGGCAGGGACGCUGUUGCUUUCGUUGAGGCGGCUUUGAAGAGGGGGGAAGACAUGCUUGAAGGGUGGAGGGAGGUCGUUAGCACUACUGAUUGCGAUGAUGUCGAUCCUAAUAAGGAUAUGUUCACGUAG